AAAAUGGCUACUGUGACACAGAAGUAUUUUGUGGAAGGACAGACGUAUUCCGUCCCUCUCAUCCAGCCAGAUCUCCGCAGGGAAGAAGCCAUUCAUCAGAUAGCAGAUGCCCUUCAGUACCUGCAGACCGUCUCAGCCGAUAUCUUCAACAGGAUCUCCCAACAAGUGGAGGCCAGCCGGACACAGCUGCGGGCAAUCAACGACAGGGUCACUCUAGCUCAAGCCAAAAUCGACAAGAUCAAGGGCAGCAAGAAGGCGAUUAAGGUGUUCUCCAGUGCUAAAUACCCUGCUCCGGAGAGGCUGCAAGAAUAUGCCUCCAUUUUUGCUGGUGCGGAAGAUCCAGAUGUGCAGAAACGGCCAAGGCGCAAGAUUCAGAGCAAACACAGGGCAUUAGAUGAGAAAGCUUUUCAGGAGAAGCUGAAGUACUUCCCAGUUUGCGUCAGCGCAAGAGUCCAUCAGGAAGAUGAUGCCGAAGAAGGCCUUGGCAGCCUCCCCAGGAACAUUCGCUCCCUCAGCUCCCUGCUGCUCUUCAAUACCACGGAGAACCUGUAUAAGAAGUACGUUUUCCUCGACCCUCUGGCUGGAGCCGUGACCAAGACCCACGUGGCUCUGACGACGGAGAAAGAGGAGAAGCUCUUUGAUGCGCCCCUCUCCAUCACUAAAAGGGGGCAGCUAGAUCAGCAGGUGCUGGAAAACUACUUCUACGUGCCAGACUUGGGACAGGUGCCUGAGAUCGACGUGCCAUCCUAUCUGCCUGACCUGCCUGGCAUUGCCGCCGAUCUCAUGUAUAGCGCUGACCUUGGGCCUGGCAUCGCGCCUUCUGCCCCCGGCGCCGCUAUCCCAGAGCUGCCGACUUUCAACACAGAAUCUGUCGAGCCCUUCCGACAAGAUCUCCAGGAAGGGGCGCCUCCUCCGCCACCCCCUCCUCCCCCGCCUCCACCCCCUGAGAUGCCAGCUAGUGCUCCACCGCCUCCACCCCUUCCUCAGGUCCCACCCCCCUCUCAGCCUUUCCAGCCACUGGGUGAAGAGAGCAGCAAUGCAGUCCCGUCAGCUGCUCUCCAGGGGGCACCGAAAGAAGUUGUGAACCCCUCGAGUGGCCGGGCCACCCUGCUCGAGUCCAUCCGCCAGGCUGGAGGCAUCGGGAAGGCAAAACUCCGUAACGUCAAAGAGCGGAAGCUGGAGAAGAAGAAGCAGAAGGAGCAGGAGCAAGUGAGAGCCACGGGGCAAGGCGGAGACCUGAUGUCGGAUCUCUUCAACAAGCUGGUUCUCCGGCGCAAAGGUAUUUCUGGCAAAGGGCCCGGAGGUGGCGGAGACAACAAUGCUCCCAGCGCCCCGGGGGGUGCCUUUGGCCGCAUAUCGGACACGAUCCCACCUCUGCCACCCCCACAGCAGCCCCCUGGUGAGGAUGAAGACGACUGGGAGUCCUAG